AUGCGGGAGAAGGAAGGGGUGGGAAUCUGAGGAGGAGACUAUAUUUUUAUUAUUUUAAAUUUUUUUUUUUUUAAAUAUUAUCUUCGCCGUACAAAGAGGACGCUCGGAAUUCACCGGCCUGUCGGCUCCCGAGAGGGACCCGGGAAUUGUGCGGUCUUCUUCACCUGCUUUUUUUUUUUUUUUUUUUUUUUUUUUUGGUUGGUUGGUUUGGUUUUUUUUUUGUUUGUUUUGACUGGGGGCUUUUUAUUUUUAUUACUCUCCUUAUCCUUCCCCGCUGAGCAGCGGCGGCGGCAGCAGCAAUAUGGCUGGUGAUGGGCUUUUUGGGGGGCGCUGGCGGCGGGAGGAGCUCUCGGAAGCCCCUGCGCGCCCGGCUCGCUGUUAGCUAUGGCAAAUGGCAGCGGCGGCGGCUCCUACCCGGGCGGCAGCGGCAGCGGCAUUAGAAUGAGUAACAAUAUCAACGCCAACAAUCUCAACACAGACUCGUCCUCCUCCCCCGUCAAUGUGCCCAAGAUGGAUGCGCUCAUCAUCCCGGUGACCAUGGAGGUGCCCUGCGAUAGCCGCGGACAGCGCAUGUGGUGGGCUUUCCUCGCCUCAUCCAUGGUUACUUUCUUUGGGGGACUGUUUAUCAUCCUGCUGUGGAGGACCCUCAAGUACCUGUGGACUGUCUGCUGCCACUGCGGGGUCAAAAACAAGGAGGCCCAGAAGAUCAAUGGUGGUGGAGAUACACAGGCAGAUGGAGCCUGCAAACCAACAGAUGAAAAAGAGGAGAAUGUGGCAGCAGAAGUGGGAUGGAUGACGUCUGUGAAGGAUUGGGCAGGAGUCAUGAUAUCUGCCCAGACAUUAACUGGCAGAGUACUUAGUUUACCCUUGCAUUUUAUAAGGGACCAGCUGGCCAAUGUCAUUGGCUUAGGUUAUUUCUGGGAGUGUAUUUAUAGUCCUUUCAAGGCAUAA